AUGACAGAGGAGCAGCCGCGUUUGCCUGGGAAAGAAUAUUCAGACGGGAAAGAAAGGCCCAUUAAUCUAAGCAUUCAUCAGUUCUAUGAUGGCACAACCACCCCCUCCGAUAUCCACAAACCCGACCCAGAAGGACAGCCAGGCAUCCUCUCUUAUCCAAUCGUCAAAAAUGGCCACCAAAUUCUGGUCACUUGGACACCACAGGAAGAAUCUGUCAUCGUUCGAAAACUCGAUUUCCUUUUUCUCCCUAUAUUCUCGCUAAUGUUUACUUUGAUGGCCAUUGAUCGGACUAAUGUGUCGAGCGUGCUAACCUCCACAUUUCUUUCCGACACAUCUAUGACCCGGGAUCAAGCCAACACAGGUGUCUCUCUACUCUGGCUGGGCAUUGUCUUGCUAGAGAUUCCCUCAAACAUUAUUCUCCACCGCGUGGGUCCUCACUAUUGGAUCCCGGCCCAGGUUGUCGUCUGGGGCUUCAUUGAGGUACUGCAAAUGUUUGUCACUAAUGCUAGUGGUUGGUAUGCUGCGCGGCUGUUCCUAGGGCUAGCAGAGAGCGGGUUUAUCCCAGGUGGCCUGUACAUUUUGUCAACCUGGUAUGUACCCAACGAGCUCACGCAACGCACUGCAGUGUUUUUCCUUGGACCGGCAUUGGCUGGCGCUUUUGGCUCGCUAGUUUCGGCAGGCGCCUUGACAUUGCACGAGCAUAGGGGAUUGCGUGGGUGGCAAUGGAUAUUCAUCAUCUGUGGCGUUUCUACGAUAACCUCAGGAGUCUUGGCUUUUGCCCUUCUCCCCAAGUCUCCAUAUCAUACAGGUCAUCUUUUUGGCGGUCUCAUCCGUAUGCAGGGCUGGCUCAAUGAGCGCGAAGCUGACAUUCUCGUCGCACGUCAAGCCCGACAACAAGACAAUCAGGGAGACGGUUCGAAUAUUAAAAUUCAGUGGAAGGAUAUAACUGAUGUGCUUUUCCAUUGGGCUACCUGGCCAUACCUCAUUGUGUGUCUGUCUGGCCUACAAUCCACCAAUGGGCUGAGCACCUGGGGUGCAACCAUCAUCAAGUCGCUAGGCUUCAGCGCAAUCCGAGCUAACUUGCUUAAUGCCCCGGGAAGUCUGCUGGGCGCAAUCUUUGGCAUUGUGUUGUCGGCAGUUGUGGAUAGGUAUAGUCGGUUUGGGUAUGCAAUCGCCUUUUCGGCUGUGUGGACUCUCGCAGGCCUAAUUGCACUUUACUGUCUUCCAAUCACAUCUCAAGCUUCGUGGUCUUUCUAUGCAGCGUACCUGGUCACCCAGUCAUCCCCAAACUGGCAGCCUAUCAAUGUGACCUGGCUGUCUUUGAACUUUAAGACGCCACAAAAACGUGCCGUUGCGUAUGCAGUAUACAGUAUGGAACCAUUGACCUUGAUGAAAUUGAAAUUGGACGAUCACUAA